AUGGAGAGCCUGCAGCGGCAGCAGGCGGCCCGCCUGGCCCGCGGCCCCGACGGCGCUCCCCGACGGCUCCCGGUGGAGCCUGGUCCCGGCCCCGGGCCGCCGCCCGCCGCUCCCCGUCGCCGCCCGGCCUCCGGCCCGCGCUCGCCCGCCGCAGCGGGGGAGGAGGACGAGGAGGAGGAAGAGGAAGAGGAGGAAGAAGGGGAGCCCCGCGACCCGCCGCCGCCCCAGCACCACGAAUGGACCUACGAGGAGCAGUUCAAGCAGCUCUAUGAACUCGAUGAGGACCCGAAACGCAAGGAGUUCCUGGAUGACCUCUUUGGCUUCAUGCAGAAGAGAGGGACACCGGUGAACCGCAUCCCCAUCAUGGCCAAGCAAGUGCUGGACCUGUACACACUGUACCAGCUGGUGACAGACAAGGGUGGCCUGGUCGAAGUCAUCAACAAGAAGAUCUGGCGGGAGAUCACCAAGGGCCUCAACCUACCUACCUCCAUCACCAGUGCUGCCUUCACCCUCCGCACACAAUACAUGAAGUACCUGUAUCCCUACGAAUGUGAGAAGCGGGCACUCAGCUCUCCUGGAGAGCUGCAAGCUGCCAUCGACAGCAAUCGUCGGGAGGGGCGGAGGCAGACUUUUGGCACAGCACUCUUCAACUACUCACCAGCCAGCACCCCAACCCUGCUGGGCACCCCCAAAAUGCCUCUGCCAGCUCUUAGCAUCUCCACACACAGCUGUGGCCAGCUCAGCCAAGUGCACAGCAUUAAGAAAGAGGACGGAAUGCUGGCAGCAUCGGUGCCGGGGCGCAUUGCUAUCCCAGUGGGACUGGCCAGCCACCAUCUCACAGCAGCCCAAGCAGCAGCUGCCUCACAGGCAGUGGUGCUGGAGCAGCUGCGGGAGAAGCUGGAGACAGGGGAGCCCCCGGAGAAGAAGGUGGCCCUGACAGCGGAGGAGCAGCAGCGGCUGGUGCAACAUGCACUUCAGCAGAACCUCCUGGCUAUGGCUUCCCAGUUCCCCAUGAAUGUCAAGAUCUCCAACCGAGAUGACAGACAGGAGACCGCAUUGAACCUGUCCACCAACAGCAUUAGCAGUAUCAACAUGUCAAUAGAAAUAAAUGGAGUUGUCUACACAGACCUUCUUAGACCCAUGGGACUGGACCACCCUCUAAGCUAUGGCCUCAAGCUGUAG